AUGUUCAUUAUGGAUGACCUGGCUGCAGCAAAGAAGUUCUUGGCAUCAUUUCCAAAAGAGCACCAGCUUUAUGACAGAUUUGUCCUUCUUUAUCAUCAAAAUAUAAGAAAAAAGCUUACUGAAAUUGGGGCCACUGAUUUGGACAAACGAGAAAUUGUUCAGCUCCUUAACUGGGUGAAAGAUUACACGUAG